GGCGGCAAGAUGGCGGCGCUGGGGAGGGCGAUUCGGUCGUUGCGGGGACCGUGGGGAGCGCGGGGGCGGAGCGCGGGGCCCGCAGCGGUCGUGGCGGUGCCGCGGGAGACGAUCGGAGCGCACCGGGAGGAGGAAACGUGGGAGGACGCGCAGCGGAAGCACCCCGAUCUCCACGGGUUCUACACUGACCCCGCAGCCGACCUGGCCAACGCUCGCGCCGUCUUCAUAGCCGGGGUGUCGGUGGCGCUGGUGUUGGGAUCGGCCUUCCUCCAUUACCUGCCCGACGGGGGGUUGCAGCAGUGGUCGCGCCGUGAGGCCGAGCGCCUCAUUCGGGAUCGGGAACUUCGGGGUCUCCCCCUCCUCGACCCCAAUUAUUACGACCCCAAACGUCUGGAUUUGCCCCCACCCCGGGAUUGAGGGGGCGGCGACCCCAUAAAGACGGACCCCCCAUUCCCCGCCCCAUAAGCGCUGCGGGGACCCCAUAAUAAAGAGGCGGCGUGGGAA